AGUUGCCUCGCCAGCUUGUACGAAGUUCUUUUAGCGGUUGUCAAGCCAAAGUUAAGAAACUUUAGGGCAAUUAUUACACUCUUUCGUGUACUUGCCACAGUCAGAGGGGAAAAAUGAAGAUCGAGGAAGUUAAAAGUACCACUAAGACGCAGCGAAUAGCCACUCAUAGCCACGUGAAGGGACUUGGUUUGGAUGAAAAUGGCGACGCUCUCACGAUGGGUUCUGGCCUCGUGGGUCAAGAAACUGCUCGGGAGGUUUGUGUUGGAUGCAUUUGGAUCAACAUUUAGUGUUUUUUUUUUUCACUGUUGGACUAAGGAAAUGACAUAAAAUUAGGCAAAAACUUGCAAACUAUCAUGGCAUGCAACCACAGUUGAGGAAAAAAGUUUAAUACAGAGUGUGUUAGCUUACAUGCAUAUAAAUAACUACAAAGUCGCUCUGGAACUCCGCUUGCUCUUUAGAUCCUUGUGGAUGAGGAAGAUGAGAGAGUACGUGUACUAGUAACGCUGCUCGACCUGCAAAUCAGACCUACGCUUUGCACAGUCCCAUGAAUUUGUGCACAUUACAUUUGAAAUGUUUACUGGAGCUUAAACUCACUUUAUCAACUAGCGAGGCUGGCUGCGAAACACUUUCACUGCCUUAGUUACCCGAUGAGUGAUUCUUCCUUCCAAUUGAUACAUGUAUUCUUUCUCUUACCCAUUUGCCUAGAGAAUCUGGUGUCAUAGGGAGAUAAUAACCUCAGACUUGAAAGUCUCAUUACUUAUUUGUCAAUUAAUAAAUGUUUGAAUAUUGUGAGGGGUGUUAUGUGUCAAUCUCUUUUUGCUAGAAAGGGUCAGUGAACCAUCUACAUGAAUGAUAUUUUAUUUUUUAGAUUUAAAUACGUAGGUGUAAUUCAAGUUUCUUUGUGUCUUUUAGGCAGCAGGAGUAGUGGUUGAACUGAUUAAAUCUAAAAAGAUGGCUGGAAGAGCAAUCCUUCUAGCUGGUCCCCCAGGAACUGGAAAGGUGGGUUUAAAAUACAUUAUUUAGGGACAUAUAAUGAAGAUCAGAAUUUUAGGUGGUGCAAGGCAAGUGUUUUUAAAGUUUAUUUCCAUUAAUGAUGGUCCAUACAUGCUAGACUUUCAUUACCUGCAAAGUGCUAAAUCUAUGAAAGGAAUGUUCUUCUGGUGCUGUUUUUCCAAACAAGAGUGGUACAUUUUACUUAAAACAAACAAGUGUUUUAUAGUUCAGUCAACUACCUCUCGGCAUUUUGAUUUCUUCGUGAUUAUAUUUCAUGGCAGUUAGUCUUGUUUGAUUGUACCAUUGCAGACUGCAUUAGCUCUUGCUAUUGCUCAAGACCUGGGUCCCAAGGUUCCAUUCUGUCCUAUGGUUGGGAGUGAAGUGUACUCUUCUGAAAUCAAGAAGACGGAAGUUUUAAUGGAGAAUUUUAGAAGAGCAAUUGGUAAGAACAUCACAUGAAGAAUGUUGGGUGAAUGUACACAGAUAUGUUUAGAAUUGUAUGUUCCUGUUGUAUUAAACCUUUAACUCUCAAGAUCUCACCAGUAAUUCUCUUUACUGUCAGCCAUACAGUUCUUGCAAUUUUAGUUAUGAGAAUGUGGUAUUGGAUCAACCUAUAAUCACUAAUUGAUAUUUUUCUUUAUUCUUGUCACUUGUCUGCUUGAUAUCGCAUUGGUAUUGUAAGGAGAAAUGCUGUCUUGGUCACUCGUGGGAGUUACAGGGUUAAGUGGAUUUCUAAGAUGAAUAGCUUUGUGGCUGCUUACACUCAUGUCAGAUAGACUGAGACAGUAAAGUCUGUUCAGAAUGAUUUUCAAUUGAGUUUUUGUAGUAAUCCAAGACUGCACUGAUUUUGCUUCUCUUUACUAUGUUGUGAUUUGUGUAAAAAAUAUUAUUUUAUACCCUUUCUCUUCUCAGCCAAUCAUAUGCAUAACUUACAUUAUCUGACUUGGUUACUGAGAUAAGUGAGACUGUUAAUUGAGAUCUGCCUAAGUGUACCAUAGAGGCUUAUUUUUUAUUUCUUUUUCAUGAACAGGCUUGAGGAUCAAGGAAACAAAGGAGGUUUAUGAAGGAGAGGUGAACUAUUUACCUGUUUUAGCAUUGUUCUAAGGUUGUCAGUGUCAUUGACAGUACUUAUGCACUUAUGCUAUAGGUGUUCUUCCUAAAUGGCAAAAUGUAAACAAAUUGUAAUGUACAAAACAAUUUUCUAAUGGUUUUUGUGACAGGUGACUGAGCUGACACCCUGUGAAACAGAGAACCCUAUGGGUGGUAAGUAACAUGUGCUAAACUUUACUUUUCAUUUGGCUUGCUAGGCAAUCAGGCAAGAUGAUGUAAGUACUGUUUUCUAAUUUCCUCCUUACUGGUUACUAUGCAAUUCUUAUAAUAUUAGUUUGAGGAAUUUGGUUUUGGAUCAAUUAAUAAUCUCCUAAUUGACAUUUUCUUUAUUCUCAUCACUUGUCUGCUUGAUAUUGUAUUGAUAUUCUAAAGAAAAAUUCUGUCCUGGUCACUCAUGGGAGUUUAAGGGAUAGGUGAAUAGGCAAGUUGGGUCAAUUUUGCCAGCUCUGAUGGCACAGAUAACUCUUCUGCAUUCUUUCAUCUUCCAAAUAUGCAGACAGUGAUGGAGAUAAGAACUUUUCCCUGCUGAAUGUGAUUGUUUUUGGCAGAAAAUCAAUACAUAGUCCUGAAAAGUGUUUUACCUUUUUACAGGUUAUGGUAAAACUGUCAGUCAUGUGGUGAUAGGACUAAAAACAGCCAAAGGAACUAAGCAGCUUAAGGCAAGUUCAGCUGAGAAACAUGUUAUCCUUCUCUAAUUCCUUUAUUUUUUAUUGUUCCCUAUUCAAUUUCUUUCCUUUUUUUUAUUAUCACAUUCUCUUUUCAUUAUUUCUUUACCAAUUUAUUGUAGCUGGAUCCAUCAAUAUAUGAAAGCCUUCAGAAGGAAAAGGUAGAAGUCGGUGAUGUGAUUUACAUUGAGGCAAACAGUGGAGCAGUCAAGGUUUGAGAAGCUUACACCUCUUUGAAAAUAUGCAUCAUGUAUUUUUUGAUUUCCCAGAAUGGUAGAAUAUUAUUUUCUCAAUAUGAAUAUUUUCCUAUUAAUAAAUGUUUUUUUACAUUAAUACUUGGCUAGUUUUACUGUCCAGAAUUGAGUCAAAUUGGUUGCUGAGUGGGUAGAAAUGAUUUUGGUGAUAAAUUUUUUUUUCAUGGUUGCACAAAUGUAUUUCCUUAAAAUUUCUUGAUUAUGCUCACUCUUAACAAAUUGAAGAGUCUUAAAUUUAUUUGUAUGUUAGUAGGAGGAGGAAAGUAACAGUUUUAUAAGAUUCUUGUACAGGUACAUGUAUCUCACAUAAGUUUGUUUUAACCUUGAGUGAUUUAUAAUGAACUUUUUGAUCCCAGCGUCAAGGGAGAUCUGACACAUUUGCCACAGAAUUUGAUCUUGAGGCUGAGGAGUAUGUACCGCUACCCAAAGGUGAUGUCCACAAGAAGAAGGAAAUUGUGCAGGAUGUAACUCUGCAUGACCUCGAUGUGGCAAAUGCAAGACCACAGGUAAAGUGUAAAUAGAAACUCACACAUGCACAGUGUAACCUGAAUGUUAAUCUGUGUACUGAGAGGGGACAACUGGAAACACUGUUGGUAAAGAGGAAAUGAUUCAAAUGGGCCUUUGUGGACACGGUUUUAUCUUCAAGGAAAAGUACAGUACAUGUAUGCCUCAGAGAGUAUUUUCAAUUGUAGGUCAAAUUUAACUUUUUAUAAAAAAAAUAGAAAUAAAAUUUUGCCAUUUACAUGUGCACGUACCUUUUGUAACUUUUAUUUCUAUGAACAUUGUAAAUAAGGAGGAGAGCUUUAAUUGUAUAAAGGUAAUUUUUUUCUUGAUUUAAAGAAGAAAUCUCAGUAACAUUAUUUUAAAACUAGAAAAAAUUAAUGCUCCCUUCAUCAAUUAUUAUAAACUGACCUCACAUACUUUUGAGCAUGCGCAGAAAUUACCAUACUGUACAUGUAAGGUCCAAGUUUUGCUUCUUGAGCUUAAGUCUCUAAUAAUUCGAAAUGAUUAUUGAAUGAUUACUAUUCAUAGGGAGGACAAGAUAUUCUUUCCAUGAUGGGACAGCUGAUGAAGCCUAAGAAGACAGAAAUCACUGGUGAGGCAUAUUAUACAGUGUUCGCAAUUUUUUUUAAAAUUUUUUUGUUUUAAUAUUUUUUUUAGGUUACAUAUGCAUAAAUCUGUAACACUUUUUUUGCUUUUUUCCUCAGACAAAUUAAGAAAAGAGAUUAAUAAGGUAAGCUGAAUAAAGCUGGUAGGAACAGAGGAUCACUACACUUAUGCAAGCUUCAUUUUUAUGUCAAUUUGACUUGUGUUUCUCCUACUCAAAGACGAGUUCAGUGUCUCAAGUUUUCAAUUUUUUUUAUAUUACAAUCAGCAGAUGAAAAUAAAUAUUUUUCCAAAGUUCUUAGAAAUGUAUGAAGGAGAGUCGGAGGCAACUUAAAUUAUCGCAAGAUAAUGGUGGUAUUUGAUUGGUAAUUAGUUAAUUCAUCUGUGUUGUAGGUGGUAAAUAAAUACAUCGAUCAAGGAGUCGCUGAACUCGUUCCUGGCGUGUUGUUCGUCGAUGAGGUAAUUUCGUAUUUUUCCUUGGUUUUGAUGGUGUACAGCGCAUGAUAGUCAGUGUUGUGGUGCUGUUCCUGUACGUGUAUACGUGUGACUGUUGGUUUGUUUAUGCAUGUACAUGUAUGCAACGUGUACAUUUUUGACAUCGCUCGUUUUUUCUUCUGUUGUCAGGUUCACAUGUUGGAUAUCGAAUGCUUUACUUAUUUACACCGAGCUUUAGAGUCGACAAUUUCCCCGAUUGUUAUAUUUGCAACAAAUCGAGGAAACUGCACAAUAAGGUACUAUAAUAACAAAGAGUUCGCAUGAAAUAAAAAAAAUUAAUAGUAUUUAGAGGUGCUGUAUACCACAGAAAAUAUUAGCACAGUUAUAAUGGGCAUAGGAAACGUAAUUGAUAUUUUCAAGCUCGUCUCUUUUGCUGCCAAUGCGAAUCUUUCAGUGAGUAUUACCUGCGGUGAGAGCUCAGACUGGUAGGUGUAUUUUGAUCCUCCACACCCAAAAUUGCCUGUCUCCUUGAAAUUGUAACUGUUCCGUUAAUUGUUCUGUUCUUCGGCAAGACACUUCACAUUUACUCUCAUCAUUAGUACAGUGUAUCUCUCUUCACUUUGAAGUUUCCGUGAGGCAAUUGUCCGGGAAAUCUGACCGGGGCGGGGAAGGGGCUAUAAGGGAUUUAGCAUCUCAUCCGGAUGUGUGCAGACCUUUCUUAUGUAUUUGUUUGUUCUGUUGCUUCUCAGAGGCACGGAAAUAAGUGCUCCCCACGGGAUACCCCUGGAUCUGUUGGAUCGACUCAUGAUCAUCCGUACCCUACCCUACUCACAAGAAGAAAUGGUUCAAAUUAUUCGCAUUCGAGCCCAGACGGAGAACAUUCAAGCUGAUGAUGAAUCGCUGAGCCUUUUAGGAGAAAUCGGCACCAAAACUACUUUGAGGUAAGAUUUAGAUAGGAACGAGAUAGAAACUAUGUGUUGAAUUCCUGAAUAACGGUUAAGUUAUGUGCAUGUAAUCAUGCUGGCUGAGAAAACUCGUUGAGUGAAGGUACCAAGAGACUUGGAUCACAAUGACUUCUUUUUUAAUCCACCAGUGCCUCGCUGUAUAAACUUCUAGUAACUAAAACUACUAUUACCACUGAUUUAAAAACAGCUACGCGCACAUAUUCUCAUUUGAUUGUGUUUUUUUGACUUUGGAGUUGACAUCACACCUUUAUCUCUAUGUGAGAUUGAGGCACAUUUGACCGUGUAUUAAACAAUCUGAAGCACAAACGGCUAAUUUGGAGAUUGAUUAAUUUAGAGAUUAAGAAAACACUCUCAGAUGUGAACCUUGCGCUCUUAAAAAUUCCUAAAGUUUCAUGCGAAUGAAAUGAUUAAAAAAGCGAAUCUAUAGAAACAUCGAAUUCUAGAACGUAUCUGAACUUACCCAAACAUUGUCUUGGGUUUGUGUGGAAGCUUCAGUAAAAGUUAAAGAUCUGUUGAAACCACAAGAAACGUUUUAAUAAAUAUCUGAAGUGGAAAGGAAAUUGACAUGUCCGGGGAAGCAGUAUACGUGUAGUAAUGGAAGAGAAGACUUAAGCUUUGAAAUAGACUCUUCAGAAUAUAAUACAACUUAAGGCGAAGUGUUAGUUCAAAGAGAAUGAUCUACAAGACAGCUUAUUACAUGUAUCAACGUUUUUCAAAUAAACAAGAUUUGAAGGAGUUGCUCUCCUUUUCGUUUUGAUCAUCAGAUAUGCAGUUCAGUUGCUGACGCCGUCUAACCUACUCGCCCGCAUCAAUGGUAAGUCCAUAUUACAGGAUGGAUUGAUAAUGGAUAAUUAUCUGAAUGAAUAAAUAAAUUUAAACUGAAUGAAAAUAAAUAAAUAAACCAAACGCACUUUGUCCUUUUUUUUUCAGUUUUCAUUCUCUUUAGCUCCCUGUAAAAUUUCCCUUUGUUUUGAUUGAUCUUUGCCUGCAGACCAGACGUCCUUUUUUUUCGUUUUUCAUUCGAAUGGAGGCAAGCGCGAGACAAGUGCGAAGAGUGGGAAGAGAGCUGUUUUGUGUUCCUUCCUUAGCGCGUCACUCGCGCUUCGCACCCGCCUCGCGUUUGCCUUAGGUCGCCUGAACAACGCAAACAUGCUACGCUUGUUCUGCAGGCAAGAUUGACCCCUGCAGUGUUGCAAAAGUCAGUUAAGAGCACCUCACGUUCCCUACGCCUUUUUAAAUGUGUUGUUGGCUUCACGGUAGCUGUAUGGUACGGUAUCCUGGGUUCCGGAUCGAAACUGGUGUCGAGAGGCCACUGUUUGGUGUCCUUAGUUAUAACGCUUUCCUCUCAGAACGCUUCUCUUAACAUAACUACAGUAGGUCCCACUAAAAUUUCAGGGAUAUCUGAUGAAAUGCUGAGGAUUCACCUGUAAUAGAUUAGCCUGAGGAAGUAGUGAUACUCGUAGUAGUUUGGCGCCAAGAAACCUGGGGCACGCUACGUCUAUCAAGGGGUUGCUGUGUUCGUAACACUUAACCUUCCGUUUUUGUGUCACACAGGUCGUUCAAGUAUCAACAGACAGGAUGUGGAAGAAAUAAACGAGCUAUUUUACGACGCCAAAUCUUCAGCAAAACUUUUGGCAGAGCACGAGGACAAGUACAUGAAGUAAAGACACUGAACCUGAGCCGUAUCGCCAAGAGAGAUGUUCUUUCCUAGUAAUGUUACUUUUAGUUACGUGUUAAAGCACUGUUAAGUCAGUUGUGGUAACUAUUUAUAACUGUCACAGUAUAAGCGUUUGUAUUUUAUGGAUAGUGUGUUUUUGCAUAAAAAUAAAUGGUUUUAAAGUCGCC